UCCAAAAAUGAUGACCUUUCCACUGCGAUUCUGAAACAGAAGACCAGACCAAACAGAUUGAUUGUCGAUGAAUCCAUCAAUGAGGACAACAGUGUGGUCUCUCUCUCUCAGGUAGGCCUAAAUUACAGGUAAUUGGGUGGAUUUGUGUUCACAUUUAGAAUCCCAGAAUUUGAUUAUUCUGGUUCAAAGAAACCAUGUGUUAUUUUGAUACUGCUUCUUGUGUGGAAAAGAUCUGGUCCUGCAUUCUACGUAUUUAGUACACUUAGUGAAAUUAAUGUCAUUCAUGCUCUGUUUUUAGGCAAAGAUGGAUGAGCUGCAGCUGUUCCGUGGAGACACAGUGCUGAUGAAGGGGAAGAAGCGCAGGGAGUCUGUGUGUAUCGUCCUGUCUGACGACACCUGCUCUGAUGAGAAGGUCCGCAUGAACCGUGUGGUCCGCAACAAUCUCCGUGUCCGUCUGGGGGAUGUCAUCAGGUACACACACACACACACACCUGUAUAUGUACAUAAUAUGCCCAAAGCAAAUUGAGAUGAGUGAUGUGUCUCUAUUUAUCCUGCUACAGUAUCCAGCCGUGUCCUGAUGUGAAGUAUGGGAAGAGGAUUCAUGUUCUGCCUAUUGAUGACACAGUGGAGGGGAUCACUGGCAACCUGUUUGAGGUCUACCUCAAACCCUACUUCCUAGAGGCCUACAGGCCCAUCCGCAAGGGUCAGUACACACACACACCUGUUACCAAUCAUUUGGUUUCAAAACUGAGACCGUGAACAGUAGUGUUUUUUCCAUAUUUAAUUCUGUAAUAUGUAAUUGUGUGUAGGUGAUAUCUUCCUGGUUCGGGGGGGUAUGCGUGCGGUGGAGUUCAAGGUGGUAGAGACAGACCCCAACCCCUACUGCAUCGUCGCCCCAGAUACAGUCAUCCACUGUGAGGGAGAGCCUAUCAGGAGAGAGGUGGGUCACAACCUACACCAUCACUUGUGGGCAGAGCACACUUCAUUUAGCCUAUGGAAAUCUAGGAGGGGGGGGGGGGAAUCUGUAUUGAAUCGGGACCUAUGCAUCCUGAAGUCCCUGCCAAUAGAUUUUUAGUCAUUUAGCAGACGCUCUUAUCCAGAGCGACUUACAGGAGCAUUUAGGGUUAAGUGCCUUGCUCAAAGGCACAUCGACAGAUUUUUCACCUAGUCGGCUCGGGGAUUAGAACCAGCGACCUUUCGGUUACUGGCACAACGCUCUUAACCACUAAGCUACCUGCUGCCCAAUACCCGGCAAACGGUAAGCAAACCUACUCUCAAACCUCAGACUUACUUCUGUGUGUGUUUCCUGUGUGUGUAGGAUGAGGAGGAGUCCCUGAAUGAGGUGGGCUAUGAUGAUAUCGGAGGAGUGAGGAAGCAGCUGGCUCAGAUCAAGGAGAUGGUUGAGCUGCCUCUAAGACACCCUGCACUGUUCAAGGCUAUAGGAGUCAAGGUAAAACACACACAGAGCUCCUAUCUUCUAGGCCAGGCGUAUUCAACUCUUAUCCUACGAGGUCUGGAGCCUGCUGGUUUUUGGUUCUACCCGAUAAUUAAUUCCACCCACCUGGUGUCCCAAGUCUAAAUCAGUACCUGAUUAGAGGGGAACAAUGGAAAAAAGAAGUGGAUCUGGCUUCGAGGUCCAGAAUAGAGUUUGACAGAGGGCCUAGAACCGUCAGCCUCUACCCACUGUUUCUUGAAUAGUAGAGUUUAAAUCAUGCUUUCUAAAGUCAAGGAAUUCAAUUGGCUUAAGCAUAGGAAGCAUUUUGUUGUAUUGGAAACGUGUUCUAAUGUCCCCUGUCAACAACACUAAGGAGAUUGACAUGUACCUCUACUCUCCUCCAGCCCCCCCGUGGUAUCCUGCUGUACGGACCUCCCGGUACAGGAAAGACCCUGAUUGCCAGAGCUGUCGCUAACGAGACCGGAGCCUUCUUCUUCCUCAUCAACGGUGAGAUGCUAAACCUUACCCUUUCCCUGGUAGAGGAUCACUGUCCAUGAUUUACAUUUUAGUCAUUUAGCAGACGCUCUUAUCCAGAGCGACUUACAGUUAGUGAGUGCAUAUAUAUUUCUUCAUGAUGUCACUACUCUUUUGUCAUUUUGUGGUAGCUGUUUUGAUGUUGCUCUGUUUGACCCUUUUCUCGCUGUCUCUGUGUCUGUCCGUGUGUGCGUAGGUCCUGAGAUCAUGAGUAAGCUGGCUGGAGAGAGUGAGAGCAACCUGAGGAAGGCCUUUGAGGAGGCUGAGAAGAACUCUCCUGCCAUCAUCUUCAUUGAUGAACUGGAUGCUAUCGCUCCCAAGAGAGAGAAGGUGAGGAGAGGGGGAAUGGGUAUUAACGGUGUGUGUCGGUUGAUGUGCAGAACAGAAUAAUCAAAAUGGAAUACAAAGGAACCUGAAAUCCCCUCUAAAGGACCAUAAUAGGUCACCCAACAAUGACAUUGUAUCACUUUUCAAAAAUGACCCAAGUGUAGCAGCUAUAAACAGUGAUCUGACAUUUUCUGUAGACCCACGGUUAGAUGGAGUGGCAUAUCAUGCUUUUAUGUUAACCGUGUGUGUUUGUAGACUCAUGGAGAAGUGGAGAGGCGUAUCGUGUCUCAGCUGCUGACCCUGAUGGACGGGCUAAAGCAGAGGGCUCAUGUCAUCGUCAUGGCAGCCACCAACAGACCUAACAGCAUAGACGCUGCACUUAGAAGAUUUGGUACGUAUACACACUUUAUCUGUUGGUUACAAGGUGUUUUGAUGUUUUAUUGGUCAGACGUUGUAUACUGGUUGCAAUAAUAUGUGUGUGUCCAGGGCGUUUUGACAAGGAGGUGGACAUUGGAAUCCCUGAUGCUACAGGCAGACUGGAGAUCCUGCAGAUCCACACCAAGAACAUGAAACUGAAUGAUGAUGUUGACCUUGAGCAGGUGUGUGCUGACUAUUUUGGCUGUGUCUCAAAUGGCACCCUAUUCCCCACAGCCCUGGUCAAAAGUUGAGCACUAUUUAGGGAAUAGGGUGCCAUUUGGGACGCCGUCUUGUUAGGUGGCUGACACACAUUCGCCUAGGGCUGGGCGAUAUGGGCCAAAUAUCAUAUCACUGUAUUUCUCUCGGUAUUUGAUGUUUCUGAAUAAUCGUUAUAUAAUGUAUGCUUUGAGUAGUUCAUGGCAACAAAUUAAUUCUAAGUAGUUUUAAAGGGUUUUCUCCUUUCUGAUUUGCUUUAUACCGUUCAACCAAAUAUAGAGGCCAAACUGACAAAGUAUUCCUAUUUGUACAACCUUGCAUAUGAAUCAAAAUCAUUUUUUUUGGCCUCAAACUGGUACUCGACCAAUGGUGGCUGUUUGCAUUAUUAUUUGUUCAAUUCCAGCAUUUUCAUCAUUUUGAAUUGCAUGCGCUAAUUUAUCAUUUACAGUGUCACAUUUAUUUUGUCUUAUUUGUCUAUUUCUUAAACUCUUUUCCUUUAUGAGAAUAAUUAUUCUCCUCUGACUAUUUUCGGCUUCAAUUGCAGUUGUUACUUUAGCUUCUAGUCGGCCCAUUUCUCGGGAUCUAUUUGGCAAGCUAGAAAGUUAGCUAGCAGUUCUUACUGCCGAUUUAAAAACGUAUGAUUAUGGUGAUCUUUGAAACAUUACUGAACUUUAAUGUAACAAAUCGAACAUAAAAAUACUGUUAUAGAAGGUAAAGUAAAAAUCCAAACCGGUCCGUGAUGGAUACUAGUAUCGUUUUUACGGUUUCUGCCCAGCCCUGCAUUUGCCAAACCCAUUUAACUGGCAGCAUUGUGUUCUGAGGGAGGCCUGCAUGUGUUAACUCCCAGUCUUGUGUGUAGGUGGCUAAUGAGACCCACGGCCACGUGGGUGCUGACCUGGCUGCCCUAUGCUCAGAGGCUGCGCUCCAGGCCAUCAGGAAGAAGAUGGACCUCAUCGACCUGGAGGACGAGACCAUCGAUGCGGAGGUCAUGAACUCCCUUGCCGUUACCAUGGACGACUUCAGGGUAAGAAACACACUACCAAGUGUAAACUACGUCACUACGUAGGGUAGACUAAACACAAUAUCACAACCCUGUAUAUGCUAAUUAUACAUCUACCUGUUAUAUAUAAUUAAUUAAAUGUGUGUUUGUCUUUCAGUGGGCUCUGAGCCAGAGUAACCCAUCAGCUCUGAGGGAGACCGUGGUGGAGGUUCCUAACAUCACCUGGGGGGACAUCGGAGGACUGGAAGACGUCAAGAGGGAGCUGCAGGAGCUGGUGCAGGUAAGACGCGCGCGCGCGCGCACACACACACACACACAGUUUAACCUUACACACAUUGUCAUACCUAAUUACCUCUAUCUUUCUUUUCCCUGUAGUACCCAGUGGAGCACCCAGAUAAGUUCCUGAAGUUCGGUAUGACCCCUUCAAAGGGAGUGUUGUUCUACGGGCCCCCGGGUUGCGGUAAGACCCUGCUGGCCAAGGCCAUUGCCAACGAGUGCCAGGCCAACUUCAUCUCCAUCAAAGGACCUGAGCUUCUCACCAUGUGGUUUGGAGAGUCAGAGGCUAACGUCAGGGAGAUCUUUGACAAGGUAUGACUUAGAAGUGACUCACCAAAAAUAAGUGAACAUUUUGUAUUAGUGCACUAUGGUAGAUUCUAAAUCAACAUGGAGAAAAACUGUGGUCUUAGCAUUGAACCCUGCGGCACACCACUACACCCUUUUCAAUACUAUAUGGUUUAAUCUCCUGUGUGUUUCUCUGUGUGCAGGCUCGCCAGGCAGCCCCAUGUGUGUUGUUCUUUGACGAGCUGGACUCCAUAGCGAAGGCCCGUGGCGGUAAUGUGGGAGACGGUGGCGGAGCGGCCGACCGUGUCAUCAACCAGAUCCUGACUGAGAUGGACGGCAUGUCCAGCAAGAAGAACGUCUUCAUCAUUGGAGCCACCAAUCGCCCUGACAUCAUCGACCCUGCCAUCCUCCGACCCGGCCGUCUGGACCAGCUCAUAUACAUCCCUCUGCCUGACGAGAAGAGCAGGAUCAAUAUUCUCAAGGCUAACCUCCGCAAGAGCCCCAUUAGCAAGGUAAAACACAGUUCAUAAACGGUACACCCUCCUACGCCUGUCAUCAUGCCAAUGUAGCAAGGGCUGAUGAUGCAGUUAUAAUAUAAAUGUAACAAGAUUUAGUGGCUCACACCAAUAUGUAAGAUGUUUCAGGUGCUAUAGAUCUGUCAUAUAACCUUGAAGGUCAGUUGUUAAACCCUGUCUCUUCCGUCUGUCCUGUAGGAUGUUGAUCUGGACUUCCUGGCUAAGAUGACCAAUGGGUUCUCGGGUGCUGACCUUACAGAGAUCUGCCAGCGGGCCUGUAAGCUGGCUAUCAGAGAGUGCAUUGAGAACGAGAUUCGCAGAGAGAGGGAGAGGCAGACCAACCCCUCUGCCAUGGUCAGCUCACACACCUCAGUCCUUCACUCAAUCUUUCUCUCUCGCUCUCCUUUUCUCUUUUUCAAUGAACCUUUCUCCUCCUCGUCUCCAGGAGGUGGAGGAGGACGACCCUGUGCCUGAGAUCAGGAAGGACCACUUUGAGGAGGCCAUGCGAUUCGCCCGCCGCUCCGUCAGCGACAACGACAUCCGCAAAUACGAGAUGUUUGCCCAGACACUGCAGCAGAGCCGAGGAUUUGGCAGCUUCAGGUACGUGUGUGACUGCAGGGGUUUGUGUGACUGCAGGUGUGUGUAACCGUGUUUAAUGGUUAAUAUUGUUUUUCUCCCAGGUUCCCCUCCAACGCUGCAGGAGGCAGCGGUCCCAGCCAGGGUACCGGGGGCACUGGCGGGGGGCCAGUGUUUAACGAGGAUAACGAUGACGACCUGUAUGGAUAGAUGGACAAACAGACGGAUGGAUGGUGCCACAUGGUGGCCAGCUCUGUUAUCAUACCUGUACAAACACUCAAACCCAAUUGACCAUUUUUAGGACUCUGUGCUUCUUUCAUGUGUUUCUUUUUGUAUGAUGAUUGCUCUCUGGUGGAGAAAACAUGUAGCCUGGUUUGAUCUGGAAGGGGGGCAGUGGAUAUAGGUGAAAAGUUAAAGGUGAAAAGUUAAAGGUGAUUGGUUGACUGAUGUGGGGGGGUAGGGGGGCUUGAGUGGCCUCAUUCUGAGUUUAUUUCAAUCCCAUGUGACUGCCUUUAGUGGUGGGAUUCUAUGCGAGACUAUAAGAAAGGGGGGAAAAAAGAUAGCUAAUGACUUAAUUUUUUAUGAGUAGUAGCAUAUAAUGUAUGACAAGUUUGAAAAUGUUGAAAAUAAAAUCUCACGAAAUGACAA